UAUUUUUUUUCUCUCUAAGCGCAACCCAACACCCUGGCCCUCAUUUUUCCCUCUCUUUCUCUCUGCAACCAAACCCUAAAAAACGCCAAGGAAAUCUGAAAUCCAUUGCCAUUGGAUGAUGCGAGAGAGCGCCGGUCGACGCCGUCGAAGCCCAGAGAAGCAGUGGUGGGCGAAUUAUCCGGUGCGGGCGUGAGCAUUGUGAAAAUCGUGUGCAAACCAAACAAACGAUUCCAAUGGCUGAAGAGAAAGGGAGCAAUUCUUGAAGAUUGUUAAAAAGGAAUUUGAAAAUUAAAAAGAUUGAGUUUUUUUCGUUGGGGGUGCUUAGCAUGUGUGAUUUAGUGGCCCGUACGGGUCGGCAUCAGCAACGCUACGAGGCCGGUUGUCGCCUUGUUGCCGGGUGUAUUCCAUUUAGAUACAAAAAUUCUGAUGAGACUGGUGAUGCCAAUUCUGAGAAGAUUAUUGAGGUGCUUAUGAUUAACUCACCUAGUGGACCAGGCCUUUUGUUCCCAAAGGGAGGCUGGGAAAAUGAUGAAACCGUUGAGGAAGCUGCAGUAAGGGAGGCUGUUGAAGAAGCUGGAGUUCGAGGAGAGCUAAUGGAUUUCCUGGGCUUUUAUCAUUUUAAGAGUAAAACACACCAGGAUGAGUUCAGCCCGGAAGGUGUAUGUAGAGCUGCUAUGUUUGCUUUGUUUGUCAAGGAGGAGCUCGAGUCGUGGCCCGAACAGAGCACCCGAAAUAGAACUUGGCUGACUGUAGCAGAGGCCUUUGUCAGUUGCCGGCAUGCAUGGAUGAGAGAGGCCUUGCAGGAUGGCUUCUCAAAGUGGCAUGCAGAAAAGAUGAUUAGUGCAAGGAAUGAUGUAACAUUGAGUUGCUAGUUGGGGUGUGUGAGGCUGAACAAAAAGUCGUUUCGGGUGCAUGCUCAUAGACAUGAAUACAGGUGCUGGAAUUGGUUUUUUUUGGGGGCAUUUUUCUAUUUUUCAGUUGGUCAUCAAGUAACAACCUCUUAACAAUAUUAACUGUUCAAAAUUACCUA